AUGGAAGAUACACAAGAAAGCAAAAGUAAAAAUCCGUAUCUUCCUUGGUCUACUCACGAAACCAAAACAUUGUUGCGUUUGUUGGUCGAUGGUGUCAAUCAGAACUGGGCUGAUCAGAAUGGUUCAUUCAGUAAACUUACCGUGGAGCAAAGAAUACUACCAGAGCUAAACAGAAUUUGCGGAUCUAAGAAAACUCUGCUCCAUUACAAAAACCGAACGAAGAUUCUGAGGGGUAAGUACAAGAGUUAUGCCGAUCUUCUACGUUUUAGUUCUGGAUUUGGUUGGGAUUCGGAGACAAAGAAGUUCACUGCUCCAGAUGAAGUAUGGGAAGAAUAUUUCAAGGAACAUCGGAAAGAUAAACACUUACGUGACAACUCAUUUGAAGAUUAUGAGGAUCUACACACGAUCUAUGGGAAGAAUGUAGCAAUUGGAAAGAAUGCAAUGGGUUUAGGUGAUGCCACAGAUGCUCGUACUUAUGGAGCAGAAAAUAGUGAAUGGGACUACCAAGGUGGAUAUACUCCUCAAAUGAUGGGUGAUGAUGAUGAGGAUGAUGAUAAUAAUGAUGGAAUAGAACAAGUUAUUUCAUCUUCGUCACAAAGGAAUGCAAACGGAAAGCUCCCGAUAAGGAAGAAAGCUAGGACUAAGAGAUUCAACGUGGAGAAAAUUUCUGAUGAGAUAAGUGCAGUUACUGGAAUGAAUAACCAGAUGUUUAGUAUGAUACAACAAAGAUGGCAGAAAGAAGCUGAAGAGAAACAAGCUGAGGAAAAAAAUGAUAAUGUAUGGGAUGCUAUUAAGGAAGUUCCUGACUUAGAGGAAAAUGAACGUUUUGAUGCUAUGAACUUAGUUCACCAGUUAGGUAUGAAGGCUGGGUUUGUGAAGAUGACUAUAGAUGAACGUCGUGAAUGGAUUAAACGUAGCGUGCACAAGCCUUGA